AUGACGCCCUCCCCCGCUAUCCCAACCCCUCUCGCGUCAGAUUCGGCCUCCGCGCCCGAGAAAAACGCGAGGAACGCCUCCACAGCCAAGCUCCGCAGCUGCGUCGUAUGUCGUAGUCGUAAAGUGCGCUGCGACAAGCUGUCACCAUGUUCAAACUGCCGCAAGGCUAAUAUUCCCUGCGUUGUACCCUCCAAUGAUCGUCCGCCAAGAUGGGCGAGGCGCUUGGAGCGCAUCGCUGAUAAUGGGCAGGGUGUAGCAGCACAGGGCGGUGGCAGUUCUGGGACUGAUCAGGUUAUGAAUAGACUGCGGACGCUGGAAAAUUUGGUCAAGGAGUUGAGCGGACAGCUUGAGGUGGCUAAUGCUGCUGCGAGUAGGGGUGCGUCAUCUGAGGCGCCAUCGCCUCAAGAUGUUGUGAAGGAUGCGGCGAGUCCAUCGUCGACAUCAACGGCCUCUGACGUGCAGAAACAUUUUGGGAGAAUGGUUAUUAAGGAUAAGAACAGGGAAAAGUAUGUAGCUAGUGGCUUCUGGUCUCGCAUCAGUGAUGAGCUCGAUGGCCUGAAGAUGGAUACUCGUAGGAUGGCAGAUGACGAUGAGUCUUCCGAAGAUGAAGACUUUCCGGUCAGCACUCCCUCAACUCAAGAACUCUACCGAGAACCAUCGGAGCGGCAUGCUUUCUUGUUUCGAAACAGCCAAGCUCCUGCAUCGCCCGGCGAACAAGACUUCAGCCCGUUGCCAUCACAGAUCCCCUUCUUACUCGACGUAUUCGACGAGAACAUAAACCUCAUCAUGCAUAUUGUGCAUAUGCCGAGCAUCAGAAAGAUGGUUCGCCCUUCACCUGGGACAGCGGCCAAGGUGUCUCUCAAGCACCAGGCGCUGCUCUUCUCCAUCUACUACGCUGCCAUCACAUCCAUGGAAGACGACGAUGUGCUAGCCAAUUUUGGAUCUACGAAAACGGAGCUUAAUAUGAAGUUCCGUCGAGGCCUUGAACAGGCUUUGGCACGAGCAGACUUCCUCAACAACCCGGAUAUUGUCCUUGUUCAGGCCUUGGUCAUCUUCUUAUCUCUCGCGAGGCGGUACGAUAGCCCUGUUUACGUUUGGAUGAUGACUGGUUUGAUGAUUCGUAUGGCUCACGCUGUUGGCCUCCAUAGAGACGGUUCAAGGUUUCAGCAUCUGUCACCCUUUGAAGUUGAGCAACGCCGUCGCCUUUGGUGGAUGAUCAUUACAGUUGACAUACGUGCAUCUGAAGAUCAGGGGACUGAGUUCUCGAUCACACAAGACAGCUUCGAUACCAAGAUACCUCUCAACAUCAACACUUCAGACAUUGAGCCUGAGACGAAGGAGACUCCUCCGGAGCGCAAAGGCGUCACAGACAUGUCCUUCGCACUCUCCAUGUGUGAACUAGCCCAAGUUUCGAGACAGUUGAUGGCAUCGAGUAUUCACUCAUCCGGGCCUACCCUCGAGGAGCAGACUAAGAUGCUCGACGGUAUCCAAGAAAAGCUCGAGAACGGCUACCUGUUCCGCUCCGCUAACCCAGAAGAUAUAGCCAACUGGGUCGGGAUCGUGUGCGCACGGCUUGUGCUUUCCAAGCUGACACUCUUAGUGUAUCUUCCUUCGCUUUUUGCAUCGCCAGACGAGCGGUUCUCGGACGAUAUUCGAGACAAACUGCUCGUCGCUGCUAUCGAGGUCGCAGAGCAUAACCACGCGCUCAAUGCUGAGACAAAAUGCCGCCAGUGGCGAUGGAUCUACCAGACGUAUACUCACUGGUAUGCCAUUGUAUGGCUUCUGAUUGAGACAUCCAGACGGCAGUGGUCGCCUACUGUCGAACGCGCAUGGGUGGCUCUGCACAGCGUGUGGCUGAUACCGUCACAGCACAACAUGACCAAGAAUGCGCGUAUGUGGAUUCCGCUACGCCGAUUGAUGGCUAAAGCGAGAAGCCACCGAGACGAGCAGCUGGUGCAAAUCCGGAACAACCCUGCUAUGAUCGAGAAAUUGGAGCAGGCUGAUCGCUCGCUUCCUGUUCCUGUUAGCCCGGAAUCGUCCCAGGAGGCAACUUUGCAGCAGCGGUUUCUUGAGCAUUGGCGUUCCGCUGUGGGCAAGACUACCUAUGGUACUUCCGAGCAACUUGUACCUCAAGCCAGUGAUAGCACCACGACCCAAUCCCUAGAGAAUUCGGCCAUGGGUAACAAUGCCACUCAGUGGGCAAACCCCUCGUUCGACUUUGCUUCUUAUCACCCUGGGCUUCAGAUGGGCGUAGCUGGUGAUACACUACCAACAGAGAUGAACAUGCUUCCCCAAGCAUGGGCUGAUGGCCAGCCUGGAGAAGCAGAUGUUGCAUCAUGGCUUUGGACCGACAUGGAUCAAAGUGGCAACGGAUUAGGAGACAUCGAUAUCAAUAUGGAUAUUGAUACUGACAUUGACUGGAAUACGUGGCUACAGUCUGCUACAGGCAUGGAAUUGAAUCAAGGAAACACGGGGCCGUCUUGA